AUGGCCAUGGUCGACGGCGCGGCGGACGCAACUUCUGCACCCUCCCCCGCCUCGGUCCAUCCCAAUAUCCCCCAGCCUCCAGUCGAGGCUCGUUCGCUCUCGUCCAUCACUACCAUUGCCUCAAACCCUCCUGCCUACCCUCGGAAUCCGGCACAAAAGAAGCUAGAUCCUCUCGUUCUCUAUAUUGUGCGCGUACCUGGAAGCAAAGAUGUAUUCCUCUCGCCAUUGAAGCCUCCGACCAAAUCGAGCAUCUCCGCAGAAGCCAUCAACGCCUCCCUUUACUACCUUCAUGUUGCGACGCCGGAGGACGAACUUCUGUUGCAGGAGGUUGAGGAGGAGCGUGAACAACAGGCGAAACUACGAAAGGAACAAUGGGGCGAUGGAGCACCGCCAGAGUUUGCGCGAUUGAACAAUGUCCGGCGGAAGCCUGUCCCUGGCGGUCCUCUUCCACAGGCACCGUUGCAGCAGGAGAAUUACUCGCCGUACUCUACUGCUGUCGACUCUCCGCCUCCGCCGACCCCGCCUCGUCCGACGCUUCGUCAAGGCUUUCCCAGUUCGGAGUCAGCUACCGCUGUUUCGGAUAUCUCCGACCACUUGGGCGACUCGCGUGGAGAUACAGGAGAGACUAGAGCACCGCCGUUACCGCGCAGGACUCUGCCGUUUGUGCCAACAGAGGAAGCUCCUUUAGAUCCGAUCAACAACAGUCCGGCGAAGAAGAGUAAUCGAUGGAGCGCGCUGUCGGGGUAUCUCAACAGUAAAGGACUCGAUAGCGGGAAGGAAAAGUACGAAGCCUUCUCCGCAGGACGUCUUAGCCUGGAUAACAGGGGGCCCGAACUACGGCCGCAUACGUCUGACGGGGCAGGGUCGAACGCUCGCCGAGCAUCGCCGUCAAGGAGCCCAGGGCAGUCUCCUCACAGAAGGCCGCGCGACCACGGCCAGGCCUCAGAUCGACAGGGAUUCCAUAUCACUCUCAUUCGCCGCGAUCCCACUCAUGGCAGUCAAUGGAAUGUUGCGACCAUCUCCACAUCCAAGGCGGACAGCACCGCCGUCGACAUCGAGGUGUCGACACCGGGGUAUAACCGGUUCCUAGCCCAGGACGAGCCGUUUUCCCUGCAGAGCCUGGGCAUAAACCUCCCGUCAGAUGCACAGGCUCUGCCCUCAUCCACACUCAAAUUCCCUACACAGUCGCACCCUGAAACACGGUCCCUGGACCCGUCCCUGCCACGCAAAUUCCGCCGCCAACUCUGCGUAUCGCGGCCACAUCAUCACUGGGACGACUCGCGAGGCUCCCUGGAUAUGCCUACCAACAGAUCCUCACUGGACACCUUUACUGGCAGUCCGACCCGGCCACACCCGCAAGCCCACUCCAAGCUCAAAAGCGGCUACUACACCUUCACCUCCCCCUGGAACGGCAUCUGCACCUUCUCCACCAGCGUCAACGGCCGCAGUCUCAAAUGCAAGCACAUGAUCCCCACGCCCUCAUACCCAGGCAAUGGAACGAACCCUUCCACCCCCGCAGCUCCAGCCGUGACCGUCGCAGAAAUUCGCUUCAACACCCCUUUCCAAGCGGGCCACCACCAUCAUCCGUCCAACUCCGCCCACAUCUCCCCCUUCACCCUCAGCCAGACCUCCUCCGACACCCCAGGCCACUCUUCCUCCCCGAGCCAAACAUCCCAUCCAAACGGACACGGCCAGGGUCACCCCGCCUCAAAACGCAACUCUUUCGCCCACCUCCUCAACCCAACCACCUACACCAGACCCCGCUCUCACUCCGGCACCAGCGUGAGCACCUCCUCCGUCUCAUGCAUACCCGGACACACACACAGACAAAAGCAAACCCACACCCGCAACCCCUCCUCAAGCAGCACCAGCAGCGGCGCUGCAGAUGACCCCGACCGCCUCGACUUCUCGCUCGCGCGCGAACCAGCAGGCGGAGGCCUGCGCGGUAAAAGCGCCAAACUAGGCAAACUGAUCGUCGAAGACGAGGGGAUCAAGAUGUUGGAUUUGGUGGUUGCGGCCUGCAUGGCUGUUUGGUGGAGAGGGUAUUAUCAUUAA